CCAAGAAGCUCUUACUUUAUGUGUUAAUUAUUUUUCUAUUAAUUUCCAUUAUUGGAGUAAUUAGUACUGAAAUAAUUUUUUCAACUAGACAAAAAGAAAAUGAUUCUAAUUAUUGUUUUGCGGAUGAUAAGGAUCCCGUGAGAUUAUAUGGUAUUAAAGGAAUUUAUGAUUUUGAAAAUUCUGUACUUAUUAAACCAAAUUUAAGUUCAGAAUGUGAACCCAAACAAGUAUGGACAAUAAUUCGACAUGGUGUACGUUAUCCAGAAGGAACUCAAGUACCCGACUACCAAGUAAAAUUACCAAUAAUUCAAAAACAAAUUUUAGAAAAUUAUAAGAAUAAACUAUAUGCCAAAGAUAAAAAACUUUGCGAUACGGAUAUAGAAAAUAUAAAAAAUUGGAAAUUACAUCCUGAUGUGUCCAUUGAAACUGCUUACUUUCUUUCGCAAUUUGGAAGAAAACAAAUGUUUACCUUAGCGGAUAGAUUUAAAUUACAGUAUCCAAGUAUUUUUAAAAUUCCAUACAGCAAAGAAGAUUUUCAAUUUUUACAUACGUUCACCGAACACUGCGUUCUAAAAAGUUUCGAAGCAUUUUUUGAAGGUUUAUUUGGCGUACCAUUUGAUAAAAAUUAUGAACAAUUAAAGAAUAAAACAGAAGAGGGAAGUAUAGACUUCGAAUCACUGGAAAAAAUGAGAAUAAAAAUGAAAACUAAAAAUCAACGUGCCGCCACAGAGCCAAUACGUUUUACUGAAAAACCAAUUUUCUUAAAUAUGUUAUCCAAUAUAAGUGAAAAAUUAGGAUAUAAUUCACCAUUAAAUUGGACAACAGUACGAAUAUUAUUCGAUAUAUGUCGAUAUGAUUAUGGUUGGAACAAUGACAAAAUUUCCCCAUGGUGUGCCUUUUUUUCUGAAAAUGAACAAAAAAUUUUAGAAUAUUAUGAAGAUUUAUCAUGUUAUUAUGAAUAUGGAUAUGGAAAUGAAUUAGCCCGUGAAAUGGGUUGUAACCAAAUUAAAUCUCUUAUUUAUAACUUUAUGAAAGUUGCAAACGGUGAUAAACAUCCAAAAGCUGUGGUACAUACUUCUCAUCGAGCUUAUUUUGAAACAUUACAAGUUGCAUUGGAUAUAACAAAGGAUCCGUAUAUUUUAACUGCGGACAAUUUCGAAACUGCUCAAGAUAGAAAAUGGAGAACAACAAAUGAUUGUCCUUAUGCGACACAAUUUACUGCUGUGUUUUAUUCGUGUAAUAAUGAAGAGAAAUACGUUCAUUUCACUAUGAAUGAGAAAUCGUUGGAUGAAAUUAAUUUUCCUGGAUGCAAGGAUGGAUUAUGUCCAUGGAGUUCGGUUUUUAAUCGAUUAAAACCCAUUGCAAACACUUGUAAUUUAGAUUAGUAAGUAGGUACCUCCUUAAAAAUGAAAUUCAAAAUUUGGAGCAGAAUACAAUAAUUUAGAGAUGACAAAAUAAUAAUUAUAAUAUCAACCCAUUUUAUAAUUUAUCUUAGUAAAUAUCCGAUUAAUUGUAAGCCUACAGUAUAUUUUUUAUAAGUGACUAUGCGAAU